AUGAUAAAGCUGAGUAACGCCUUUCGGGCGGACAGGGGUCCUGCCGCGUCUUUCAGGAAAUACUGUCGCAAGCCGGGAAACGUCAGUGCCCGAGUGAAAAGUUCUCAGUUCUCCUACUUCGCCCAGGCACGCCGGCAGCGUGCUGCUACAGUUGCCAUCAAGGUGAAGGAGUGGUGUGUUCAGUGGGUGAAGUGUGCCCUACUUGAAGUGAAUAGUGAAAGUGCAGUGGGGAAUUUUGAACUUGUGCGCGAAGCAACUGCAAUUAAAUAUUGUAUAUGGUGAACAUCUGUUUUAUUCAAGAUGUUUAAUCAGGAUUAUGAAAGACGGUUACUUGUACAACAAAAUGGUUUUGCAAGAUCACCUCCUUAUUCAGGUGACACAUUGAAAGUAAACUGCUCUGAAAGUCCAUCAACACCUCCAAAGAAAUCUGAAGAUGCCCAAGGACGCCCCAAUAAGGAACUGCUGAUUAGAUACGCUGGGAAGACACCUGGAAGGCGCUUAAAUGGAAGACGAAGAAAGUUCUGGGGUUUGUCACCUCAUAGUCAAGCUCGAUUGAAUAGUGACAGAUUUAUACCCAGUAGAACAGAUAACAACUGGCAAAUGAAGUUUGCAAUGAUAUCUGAAGGGGUGCGUGUUGGUGCAACCACAAAAAAAGCCAGAGAAAAUGGUGAAGGAGGACGAGAUGGUUUAGCAUAUUCCUGUUUAUUAAAAAACGAACUUUUAGGGGCUAAUAUAGAUGAUGUUAAAGGUCAGUGUGAUGAGCGUCGCACAUUAAAUCCUAUCGAAGGCCGUAAUUUGUUUCAGUUCGCCUCUUCCAAUGAAAAUAUUGCAAAUAAUGAUGUAGCAACUCGCUCAGCGUAUUCGUUGUCUCCAGUAAGUGCUGAAAGCCAAAAAUUACUUAGGUCUCCCAGAAAAGCUACCCGAAAAAUUUCUAGAAUCCCUUUCAAGGUUUUGGAUGCUCCAGAGCUUCAAGAUGAUUUUUAUUUGAAUCUUGUUGACUGGUCUUCCCAAAAUGUUUUAAGUGUAGGUCUUGGUAGCUGUGUAUAUUUGUGGUCUGCGUGUACUAGUCAGGUCACAAGACUUUGUGAUCUUUCAUCAGAUGGAAAUUCAGUGACAUCUGUUGCAUGGAAUGAAAGAGGGAAUUUGGUGUCUGUGGGUACUCAUCAUGGGUACGUUCAGGUUUGGGAUGUUAGUGUUAAUAAGCAAGUCAAUAAACUUCAGGGACAUUCUGCUCGAGUGGGUGCUUUAGCGUGGAAUGGAGAUGUUUUGUCUUCUGGUAGCAGAGAUCGUUUGAUUCUGCAGAGGGAUGUGCGAACUCCUGGACUUGUACCUGAAAGAAGAUUAGUUGGUCAUCGUCAAGAGGUUUGUGGAUUAAAAUGGUCUCCUGACAAUCAGUACCUUGCUUCGGGUGGAAACGACAAUCGCCUCUUUGUCUGGAAUCUUCACUCCUUAUCACCUGUUCAAACAUAUACUGAACAUUUGGCUGCUGUGAAAGCAAUUGCAUGGUCACCUCACCAUCAUGGCUUGUUGGCAAGUGGUGGUGGCACUGCUGAUCGUUGUAUUCGAUUUUGGAAUACAUUGACUGGUCAGCCAAUGCAGUGUGUAGAUACUGGGUCUCAAGUAUGUAAUUUAGCUUGGUCAAAGCAUUCGUCUGAAUUGGUCAGCACUCAUGGCUAUUCUCAAAAUCAGAUUUUAGUGUGGAAAUAUCCUAGUCUUACACAGGUAGCAAAGUUAACUGGACAUUCAUAUCGUGUUUUAUAUCUGGCAAUGUCGCCAGAUGGUGAAGCUAUUGUGACUGGUGCUGGUGAUGAAACGUUACGUUUUUGGAAUGUUUUUAGCAAGGCACGAUCUCAAAAGGAAAACAAAUCUGUGUUGAAUCUUUUCACAAGUAUUCGAUGACUAGCUUAUGAAGCUGACCAAUGAAUGAUCCCUUCAAUCCAUCGAUCCUUCAAUGGAUUGAUGACAGGAAGUUUUUGGGGUGUGCUAUCCCUGAAAAAAUGAAAAUGUAUGACUACGUCAAAUUAUAUUUUUACACGGGUUUGUUACUAUUGGAAAUCACUCCAUCAUAUGCAGAUUACGGAAGAAGAGCCUGUGUUCCACACGAGUUUGAUCUCUACAGCUUCUUCAGCUCUUCAUUCUCCUUGAAAGGUGGAGCUAACAAGAGAAGAAAUGUGUAAAAAAUGUAAUGCAGAUUGUGAUGAAAUAUCAGAAAAUAAGUUGCAAAUGAGGGAAGUGCAAUAUGUAUAUGUCCUCCAUUGAUUUACUGCAAUUAUCAGUUAGUUUGCUGUUUUUGACAGUUGUGUGUGCAUUCCAGGAUACUGUAAGUUUUGAAUUGAAAAUAAUCAUGGGAUAUACAAUAAUGGUCAAGAAUGGUAGUGAUGAUGAUAAUCAUAAUAACAUAUUAAUAAUAAAAAUAUUAAUGAUAAAAAUAAUGCAAAAUAUUUAUUAGUUUAUAAAGUAAUAGUCUUGUGAAUAUGAAAUGAAUAACAUAUGUACAAGCACUGAGAUGUGCUAAAAACUUGAACUGUAUUCUUUUUUACAACUGGCAAUUAAUAACUUCUGCAACAAUCAUGAGGAUAAUAGUAUAGUAGUAAUAACACUUAAGUUUUAGAGUGCUUAGUUUCAUGAGUAUUGGAAUGCCUUAUUUCAAAGCAUGUUAACCAACAACAUGAAGAUGUCAUUUCAUAAUAGUUCUCAUCACAAGGAUUUUUAUGCUUUUCUUAUGGGCAUAAGAUAAUGGUGAUCUGGAUUCAAAGCUUUAAUUACAUUGCUGUGCUAAAUCUUCCUUCUGUUAUUUACUUACUUUUCUUUUGUGACAUUUGCAACUUACUUACUGACUUCAUCAAUUCUUAUUGAGCAAUGUGUGAAAAUUAGGAUUUGUAAAAUAUAUAAAGAAUUCAAUACCAAUGGGUGAAUGAAUAUAUUAUUUGAUACUCGUAAUAAGCCAAAACCUUAUAAGUUACUAUAUUUUAAUAUAAAAUUUAGUAUUCAAUUGUAUUAUAUUGUGAAAUGCAGAGAUAAUACUGCAUAUGUAAAAACGUGUUAAUUUAAGUGUGUGCGUGUGUGUGUGUUUUUGUUGUUUUGUUUUUUUUUUAAUGAGUGUUUCUAAAAUUAUUUUCUAACUGAACUUUUUGUUCUGGUGUGUAUAGAAUUUUGUUAAAGGUUUGUAGAUUUUGUGUACUGAAUAUGUAUUAUAUUUUGGUUGUGAAAUAGUUAAAAGAGAACGUGUUUCUGAAACCUGUUCCCAGUGAUAUUUGAAAGAGCAAACAUAUUUGCUAUCAUAUUUUGCUUUGGUUCUUUUGCAGCUUGAUAUGGUUUUAGAACUGCUUACCCAGAACCAUUUGGCAUUAUCAUUUCCAGCUUCACUUUUUAGAAGUAUUUCACUAUUUUUUUCACUUAAUAGAGAGAAUUCUUUGUGAUAAACCACACUACAAAAAUGAAUGAAUUACAACGAUAAUAAUGUUCUAUGAACAGGUUUUUUAGUCCAAAAAGUUCUUUCUACCUAAUAUUUACAAUUGCUAAGUUUUAGGUAAGUUACAGAUGUGUAUGUAUGGUAGUGCAAGAGGCAAGGAAUGGUGUUAAACACUGAACACCUUACUCAACUCAUUGUCCACAAAUUAUGCAAAAAAAAUUUUUUUUAAAAAUAAUGUAAUAAUAAAAUAAAAACAUGUAUUAUUUCUUUUAUAGUUUUUUCCUAGUCAGAGAUUCUCAAGUGUCUGCAUUGAACCCCUGGUGGUCAAUAAAAUUUUGAAGGAGGUCA